GUCGUGUUUGGUUGCGGAGCUGGAACCGGUAACCGAGCACUCCAGCACGUUGUGAAGCCGCUAGUGUUUCACGCAGCCGCCGUGGUGAUUCAAAGAAAUCACUCGUUUCUAAAGCAACGUUUUUUUGAUAACUAAUCCACUGAUUUCCAGUUGACCAAAGAAAUGGUGAUGGAGAAGCCAAGUGCCCAGCUGGUCGGGCGAGAGUUUGUCCGACAGUAUUACACACUCCUGAACCAGGCCCCCGACUACCUGCACAGGUUUUAUGGAAAGAACUCCUCCUACGUGCACGGUGGCUUGGACAGCAACGGCAAACCAGUAGAGGCCGUUUACGGACAAUCUGAGAUCCAUAAGAGGGUGAUGGCUCUGAGCUUCCGGGAUUGUCACACCAAGAUCAGACACGUGGACGCUCACGCCACCCUGAACGAGGGCGUGGUGGUGCAGGUGAUGGGCGAGCUGUCCAACAACAUGCAGCCCAUGAGGAAGUUCAUGCAGACCUUUGUACUGGCCCCUGAGGGUACCGUUGCGAACAAGUUCUACGUCCACAACGACGUGUUUCGUUACCAAGACGAGGUGUUUGGUGACUCCGACUCCGAGCCUGCAGAAGAGUCUGACGAUGAGGUGGAGGAUCUUGAAGAGAGGGUUCCAUCUCCUGACGUUGCUCCAGAGGACUCUGCUCCCUUCUAUGACCCCGCCUGUUCAGAGCCGGCCGUUCCUGGUGACGAGGAGGAAGCAGCAGCAGCAAGUCCAGAACCAGAGCCAGAGGUGGAGAAGGAGGCCGAGGCCGCCGUAUCGGAGAAGUCCGACUCAAUGCUGGAGACGCAGACCGACGGCCACACAACCGACGACCAGACAGAGAAAAGCCCCGCCGCUGCCACCCCGCCAACUACAGAACCUGCCUCUGCGCCCGCUGAAACUGUCCCUGCCGCCCCAGAAGAAAACAGACCGUUCUCCUGGGCGUCCGUCACCAGUAAGAACCUCCCUCCCAGCGGGGCUGUCCCAGUCUCAGGAAUCCCCCCACAUGUCGUCAAAGUCACUCCUACAGCGCCGCCCAGAGCGGAGGUGAAGUCAGAGUCCCAAACAGCAACACAGAGGCCACAGAGAGACCAGAGACCAAGAGAACAGAGGCCUGGAGGUCCUCCUCCAGGGAACAGAGGACCCAGACCAGUUCGGGAAGGUGAGCAGGGCGAGUCGGAGGGGCGCAGGGCGACCAGGUACCCCGACGUCCACCAGCUCUUCGUGGGUAAUGUCCCCCAUGAUGUGGACAAGACGGAGCUCAAGGAGUUCUUUGAACAGUAUGGUACAGUCCUGGAGCUGAGGAUCAACAGCGGAGGGAAGCUACCAAACUUUGGCUUUGUGGUGUUUGACGACUCUGAACCUGUGCAGAAGAUCCUCAGCAACAGGCCCAUCAAGUUCAGAGGCGACGUCCGCCUGAACGUGGAGGAGAAGAAGACUCGCUCAGCCAGGGAGGGUGACAGGAGGGACAUGAGGCCCCGGGGUCCCGGUGGUCCCGGCGGUCCCAGAGAGAGAAUAGGAGGCGGUGGAGGACCCCGGGGCCCCCCCACCCGUGGAGGCAUGGCACAGAAACCCAGCUUCGGGUCUGGACGGGGAGCCGGGCCCAGCGAGGGCCGCUACUCCACCCCGCGCCAGUGAGGCACCUGUCCUCCAAACCUGAGUUAGAUUACUGUUUGGAUUCAAUUUACAUGAGUGGUUGUUGAUUUGCUGCAGCAGGAACUGAUUGGACGAAGCCAAAUUUAUAAAGUAAGCCCUCCUUUUUUACUGUGCACCUGGGAGAAACAAUCAGCAGGGACCGAUCCUCCUGCCUGUUCCCGCCUCAUUCUUUCUCCUGAAUGUACGAGUAAUUUGUGGGGUUUCUGUUAGUAACUGACGCAGGUUUGGUCGAGAGCUUCCACCAUCGAGUCACGCCAGCUCCUGCUGAAUUCAGCGGCCUGUCUCGACAUCUGUCUCUCACGAAGAUGGCUGCCUCCUCUCCCUCCACCCCGACCUCAUUCUUGUCCUCCUCCUCCUUUCACCUGCUGCUUUUCAUUUCCGUUCUGAGGAAUCCAGGAUGCCACGCCUCAUCCCGCUCCAAACCUCCACCUCUGUCACUCGAGGUUGGUUCAUUUUCUUUGUGGUGCCGGCAAAACUGCUGAACGCCGGGCAUCGCCAGGCCAUCGAUGACUGUUGUGGCUGUCCCACCCGGGGAGCUCUGCAGGAUGCGGGUUAGCUUGUCGUCCCUGUUGUUGAUCACAAUAUGGACAGCCUGACGUACGGCACGUGUUACCCCGCCUGUGGAGGGUGUCAUUUCAUGAACCUGGGUUCCUGACUCAGUUUACUGUUUAGAUUCAUUACACUUGAGUUGUUAUUGGUUUGCUGCAGUUGGAACUGAUUUGUCAAAGCUAAAAAAAAAAAAAGAUUUUAAAGAAAGUCCUUGUUCUACUUUGCACCCAGUAGAAAAAAAAGCUAUUGGAAUUCUCAAUUUUGGUUUGUUAUUCAUGCAUGGGCUGAUUGCUGCCUCGUUUCCUCCUCAUCCUGUCUCCUAAAUGUACAAAUACUCAGAAGGGAUUUCACCAUGGAGUGGGAGCAGAUGCAGCGUCCAGCCUCGACGUCUGUCUGUCAUGAAGACGGCCGCCUCCCUCUGCCAGCCCAACCCCAUUCUUCUUCAGCUGCAGUUUUAUUUUUCCUCUGAGGAAUCUCGGUUGUCACUCCUCACUUUUGCCCUUUCCACCUUUUCCUCCUGUCUUCUAUUUUUCUCCACCAACACACGUAUUAUCUGGAUUUGUCUGUUUUUUUCAUGCUGAACUUGAAUUUAUUAAGAAACAAACACGCAAAUACAUGAAAAAGGGUAAAUACUACUUGAAUUGGGGAUUAAAAACCCAGAGGUUAGGUUUUUUUUCGCGUUCUCUCUCCCUGUUUCUUAAAGGAACGUGUACUUUACUGCUUGGGCAAUCCUGUGUAUUGCUGCCACCGUUGUAUCUAGCGAUGGAUCGGUCUUAUCUUUUUAUUCUAUCAGGUCAAGAGCUGAACUGUAGUGGUUUUAUUUGAGUAAUAAUGUUGGCUUGUAAUAUGUGGAUUCAAAGACGCGUCUGAAUGGAGCAUGUAUCAAAUCAUGUAUCAAAACCUGUUAAGCUUCUACUACGAUGCACUUCAUUUGUCAUCAUGUUUAAUAAGAGCUCACCUGCCGAUGAGAGAACUAAAUUAAAAGUGAUUUACUGUUUUAAA